AUGGGCAAGAUAUGGGCAAGUUCAGAGACUCGUUCCAGUAGUUCAGAUACUCGCUCCAGUAGUUCAGAGGCUCGUUCCAGUAGUUCAGAGACUCGUUCCAAUAGUUUAAAGACUCGUUCCAGUAGUUCAGAGGCUCGUUCCAGAAGUUCAGAGACUCGUUCCAAUAGUUUAAAGACUCGUUCCAGUAGUUCAGAGACUCGUUCCAGUAGUUCAGAGACUCGUUCCGGUAGUUCAGAUACUCGUUCCAAUAGUUCAGAGACUCGUUCCAUUCAGAGACUCGUUCCAGCAACUAUGGGGCUCGUUCCAGUAGUUCAGAGAACCUGUUCCAGUAGUUCAGAGACCGUUCCAGUUCAGAGACUCGUUCCAGUAGUUCAGAGACCUGUUCCAGUAGUUCAGAUACUCGUUCCAGUAGUUCAGAGACUCUGUUCCAGCAACUAUGGGACUUCCAAGUUCAAAACUCGUUCCAGUAGUUCAGAGACUCGUUCCAGUAGUUCAGAGACUCGUUCAGUAGUUCAGAGACCUGUUCCAGUAGUUCAAAGACUCGUUCCAGUAGUCAGAGACUCGUUCAAUAGUUUAGAGACUCGUUCCACCACCGGCUGA